AUUUAUCAACUCGAACUUGGCAGCCAGAGCCAGCAGCACGACACCACAAAAUUCGUCUCGUUGUCGCUUUCGCUUUUUCGCUAUUCGAUUCGUGCGUGUGUUGUUUUCUACUCGCUGUCAAAAAAUACAAUAAAUUUUACAAAAGGAAACCAAAAUCAAUUAAAGUUUACUUUAAAUUCUUGCAUAAAUAAAAUAACUUCAAAGUGAAGUGAAUUACAUACGAGAUACGAAAACAUACGAAUUCGAAUACAUAGCAAAUUUGCCAUUUUUCUUUGUCGCAAAAACGAAGAAGAAGAACAAAAAGAAAGAGAAAGAAAAAGAAGCGAAAUACCAAAAACCAGGGAGCAGGGAAAAAUAAUCAAGAACAAAAUUUCCGAUUACGAUUCCGAGGAAAGGAAAAACGUGCUGUGGUGUGGUGCGAGACAACAAAAACCAGUCGUAGUCUUCUCUUCUCUUGUCUCGUCGACUUGUCGACUCGUCGUUGUCUUCAAGACUCUUGGACUUCCCUCGUAUUGUAUUUUUAUUUUGUUCAUAUUAAAAAAUUCCAAUCCAAUUCCUUUGAUUAUUUAAUAGUUUUGUUGGUUUAAAUAAUUAAAUCGCGUUCUUCCUGUAAUCCUUGUGUGACAACAAAGAAGAAAGCUUAAAUUGACGACAUUACGACAAUUCGCUUAAAUUUAGACGAAGCUUCUUCUCGCUAACGCUGAUACAUUUAUUUGAUCUGCAUCUGGAACUGGAAGAGUAACCAAUUAGACCAGAACAAGGCAAACUUUCGACCAACAAAAAAAGACGACGAAAGAACCCAAAUCGAAAUCCUGAGAAUAAUGGCGGUGUCCAUGGACAGAACGUUUCGGGGAGUAAAUAUUUACGAGCUCACAAAUGAAACAAAGCUGGAAUUUAGCAAUAAAUACAACGGAAGCUGCACAUUAAUCUGCAACUAUGAUCCGCAGGGCAUCACGAUAAGGGUCGUCUUAGAUAAUGAUCCAAAUUUCAGUAAAGAAUAUCUUAUAACAUCUGAUGUUGAUACUGCUCAGUUGGGUCGUCAGACGCAUGCUCUUACAUUGGACAAUGACAAUGUUGUAUUGAAAUUUGCGACAGAAAAAGAUCAUCUUAAAUUUCGUAAAAUCAUAGACAAUGUUAAACGACUCCGCCCCAAAUCAGUAUUCUCACAACGAACUGAAGAGUCUUCCGCCUCACAGUAUUUUCAAUUUUAUGGUUAUUUAAGUCAACAGCAAAACAUGAUGCAAGACUAUGUACGAACGAGCACUUAUCAAAAGGCCAUCCUAGAGAAUUCUAUAGAUUUUAAUAAUAAAGUUAUUUUGGAUGUUGGAGCUGGUUCUGGUAUCCUAUCAUUUUUUGCGGUACAAGCUGGUGCAGCUAAAGUUUAUGCCAUCGAAGCCAGUAAUAUGGCUCAAUAUGCCCAACAAUUGGUCGAAUCGAAUAAUGUUCAAGAUCGAAUAUUUAUAAUGCCAGGAAAAAUUGAAGAAAUCGAUUUGCCAGAAAAAGUCGAUGUUAUUAUAUCUGAACCAAUGGGCUAUAUGUUAUUUAAUGAACGUAUGCUUGAAACAUAUUUGCAUGCGCGCAAAUGGCUUAAACCAAAUGGAAAAAUGUUCCCUACACACGGUGAUUUGCAUAUAGCACCGUUUAGCGAUGAAUCUCUAUACUCAGAGCAAUAUAAUAAAGCUAAUUUUUGGUAUCAAUCAGCAUUCCAUGGUGUAGAUUUGACUACAUUGCAUAAAGAGGGUAUGAAAGAGUAUUUUAGACAGCCAAUUGUUGAUACAUUCGAUAUUAGAAUUUGUAUGGCCAAAUCUGUGAGACAUGUGUGUGAUUUUUUGAGAGACAACGAAAAAGAUUUACACAAUAUUGAUAUUCCACUUGAAUUUCAUAUUUUACAAACUGGAAUCUGUCAUGGUCUGGCAUUUUGGUUUGAUGUGGAAUUUUGCGGUUCAAGUCAGCAAGUUUGGCUUUCGACUUCGCCUACGGCGCCUCUAACUCACUGGUAUCAAGUUCGUUGUCUACUGCCAAUGCCAAUAUUUAUAAAACGCGGCCAAAUGCUAACUGGGAGAGUACUGCUCGAAGCGAAUCGUCGACAAUCUUACGAUGUAACAAUUGAUUUACACAUCGAAGGAACCCUUAUAUCCUCGAGUAAUACACUCGAUUUGAAGAAUCCCUACUUCAGAUACACCGGAGCACCAGUGACAGCUCCACCCGGCACCAGUGCACAAUCACCCUCCGAACAAUAUUGGCAGCAUUUAGAUACCCAAGGAGUUAGAAAUGGUGCUGUCAAUAUGGUGAAUGGAAUCACAGUUAAUGGAAUGGGAGAGGCGUCAAUGGACAUCACGCAUGCCAUAAUGAAUCAAACCACCUAAAAAAUGAGCAGCAAGAAACAAAAAAAAAAAACAACGUUGAGCAUCCAAUCCACGUUAUACCUACUCGUAUAUAUACAUUUAUCCUAAAACAAAAACAAUAUUCAAGUUCUCUUUUUCGUUUAUUCGUUUCGAAGUUCAAAGUAGUUUGUAAUCACAGUGAGAGAAAGAAAAAGUAGAAUUAUAACAAAACCAAGAUAAAAAGUGAAAAGAGAUUCUAAGUUUCACAAAAAUAUAUAUUCAAAAAUGAAAGAAAAAAACUAAAAGAUUUUGAAAAAGCGGUACAUAUUGUAUAAACUAAUGUGUCGGCAUAUUAGACUUAAAACAAAAAUUGCUUCUGCACGACUUGUAAUUGUGCAUUUAUUUCCUGAGAUUAAUUAUGAUGUUAUAUUAAAAGAAGAUAAAAAAAUAGAUUUUGUUUAUUCUCAAAGCCUCACGAAUGUUCGAGGUUAUUAUUUUUUUCUUUUUUUUUUCUGUAACACAAAGAAUAAGAAAAACUGAGUGUUUUCUUUUUAACAAAAACACGAUAAAUUUAAAUGUAUUCUACUUUUCUUUUUUGAUUAAUUUAUAUCUCCCUCCAUCCAUGUUGAAUGUUUUAUUU